CUAUCACACAACACGAAGAAGAAACAGGGAGCAAGAAGCAAUAACAAACAAACCUAGCAGCGGCAAGCUAACGCCAAUUUAAGGAGCCAGGCAUAUUGGCAAUUGUCACUUCUACGGUGGACAAACAUUUUAUUAUUUUAUAUUCUACAAAAUAAUGUAUACGGACUAAACAGAAGACACAGGGAUCUACAGGAUUGUCGAGAAAGUGGCAGACCAACAUCUUUUAUCGAUUUUACACGGUGUCAUGUGAGCAACCAAAGUGAGACAACUGGAAUAACCUUAGAUUACAACCUUUACGGUGCCGAUAUUAAAAGGAUACUAAGGACAUGGUGAGGAAAUGAGAGUUACAUAGUUCACAGGUUUAUCAUUGCGACAGAAGCAACACAACAGCAGCGUAUUAUUUCCUCAUCGACUUCCUUUAAGUGCAACUGUAAGCAACCAAGGAUGGUGCACCUUGGUGUGUGGUCCGUGGGAGCUCGGUUGAAUGUCCCAAUACUGGUUUUCUGCAGCAUACUGGUGACCUCGCCCACACAUGCCUAUAUAUAUGCUCAUUACAGCAAUAUGACCUCCAUGUUGUUUGAGGACCUACCUGCCUUGUUUGGAUCUCCACUUCCUAAGGAUGGACUAAUGGGAGUUUUGGUGGUGUCCCGUCCACUUAAUGGCUGCGCAGCAAUAGACCCUCCUCCUCCAUUGCCACCAUCUUAUGAUUCCAACACCACCAAAUUCAUUGUUCUCAUCAGACGCUACGACUGCAAUUUUGAUAUAAAGGUCUUGCACGCGCAGAGAGCUGGAUACAAUGCUGCAAUCGUUCACAACAUGUAUUCCGACACUCUGCUCAAUAUGAACUAUAGCAAUGACACUAUUGCAGAGGAGAUUGAGAUCCCCUCAGUAUUCACCAGUUACUAUGCUUCUCAAAUUCUCAGGAAUUUCAUAAUUCCAGAACAAGGGGCCUAUGUAAUCCUCAAGCCUGAGUUUGCUUUUCCGCUCUCAUACUACCUUAUUCCCUUCACCGGAGUAGUUGGCAUGAUCAUUCUUGUGAUGUUUGUUGUCUUGAUUAUACGAUGUGUGCGAUACAGAAAGAGACUGCGGAAAAAUCGUUUGUCCAAGGAACAGCUGAAGCGGAUUCCAACCCACAGGUUCACCAAAGGGGAUGACUAUGAUCUGUGUGCAAUAUGUUUGGAUGAGUAUGAAGAAGGAGACAAGCUGCGAGUUUUACCUUGUUCCCAUGCCUAUCACUGCAAGUGUGUCGACCCGUGGCUCACACAGACCAAGAAGACGUGUCCUGUGUGUAAACAACGCGUCACUCGAAACAACCCAGAGCACUCAGAGUCUGAGUCUGAGGAGGAAACUGGAGGACGUGGGGAGGGGGAAGGAGCAGAGGGUGAAGCAGACUCAGAGCGCACUCCUCUGCUUCGUCCCUCUAACCCUGGGUCCCCCUCAGGGAGCCCAGGGGCCUAUUCAGCUACCACCACCACCACUACUGCCCAGUGCCUCGCCUCCCCUGCACACUGCGACUCUCCCAUCCUGGGUUAUGAAGGCUACUACUCCCCUCAGGAGGACACAGACUCAGAAAGUGAUGACUCAGGAGAGGACAGGCACCACACUGAUGAUGACACUGCUCAGCUCAUUGGUAGGGAUAGAGUGGAGGUCUGAUGGCCGGAAUUUAGCUGCAAUGAGAUUACUUAGUUUUAGCUAAAAAACAAAAAAAAAAAGGGGUCUUUCUGUCAUCAGGCGUGUUGUUAUCACACAGUACUUUAAAAUAGUUUGUGGUUAGCUUGACAUUUAGGAUUCUCGCAACAUCUGUUGAUUGUAACAGAAUCUUUUACCCAUUAACCAGAGGUGGUCUAAUUGUUAGUGUCAAAGCACAUGGAAAAUCAGCAAUGAGUGUUACAAAAAUCCAACACUGACAACAACCCACUUCUAUACACACAUUCACUCCAAUACUCCUCUAUUUGCCUGUAGACCUCUUUUUUUUUUUAAUGCAUGUUGUAAUUGAUAACUUGACCACACCACAUGACCUAACCAUUAGUGCUGCACAAAAUGAACGCGUCACUUAACUGUCUGUUUAGGUAAGAGAAUGACACGUGUAGAUGAAGCCUGUGUAACCAAACAGAAUGAAUUCUGUGCACACACUUUAAGUGAAUCUUCUAGGUUCUCUGUGCACGAUUUAAGUAGGGUUAGUGCAGUUUCCAGACUCUCUGUUGUCUAAAUCAUAACUGUUUUAUAUCUAACAGCCCUUUCACACAAUUUUAAUUGUUUCCUAAAAGGAUGUGCAAUUGGAGGGCGAUUUUAUUUUAUUUUUAUCCUUUCAGCUUACUUUUUAUAUGUUUUAAAGCUACAUUUCAGUUUUUUUGAAAUGUCAGGUUUUUCUCAAAUUCCGCAGUAAAUAACGCUACAAUAGAAUAUUGCAAAGAAGAUAUACAUUUCUGCUGCUUUUACAUUGUUAUUGAUACUACUGUGUGGUCAGUUUAAGAAAAAUAUAUUUAGCUUUAUCCAGUUUGUCAAGUUGAACAAACUCAGGGUUAUAGCCACAAAUUAAAGGUCAGUGGGUACUGUAAAUGAAUAACAUAGUGAGAAUUAAUGGGUUUUGGUUAUUGAAAUGGUUUUAGUUUUUUGAGUAAAAUCCAGAUUCAUGGAUAUUUAAUGAAUUUGUUUCCAUUUUUGUACACAAUACAAUAAUAACAUGUUAAACUGUGGGACCCUGGAGGUGUUUUAAGGGAAAAGGAGAAUUGCCUUACACUGGCCUUGAUGUAAAUGCGUAUGUUAAAUGUUUGGAAAUUGAAGGGACAGGAUUCACACUCCUUUGUUUUCCUCUGUAUUUAAUACUGCUGGUUAGCAAGCUUGGUCUUCUUCAUUGUUCUGAAAAAAUGCUCCUUUGUCUUAUAGUGACAAACAAGGAGGAGAAAGCCUGUGUAUCCACAUGUUCAGCGCUAGUGAUGAUGCAGAUAGUCACCUUAGUCAUGCUUGACUUGCACCUGAAAAUAUAGACAAGCUCAGCGGCUGUUGAGCGAGUUAUGGCUUCUUUUUUUUAUAAAAUGACUUGGAUGGGGUUGAUGCUGUUGAUUUAUAACAAAAGCAAUAGAAACCUUAAAAAGUUGUUUCAGCCAAACUGUUUUACUGCUCCAAAUAAAUGUACAGUGAUUAACUUGAUCUGAGAUCAUAAAUUCACAACUGGAAUUCUUGUUUUUAAUUUUUGAUAACCUUACAGGUUGUGGAAAUUUACUAAAUAAGUGCUGUAAAGAUUUCCCUACUCUCUUAUUUGCUGAGAUGUGAUCAUUGUUUCCUCUGUGUUGAUUUUAUAUUGCUCCAACACGAUCAGAGAAAAUUUUGAUUCAGAGUUGCCAUUCUAUGUUACUAUGUUAUCUAUGAGGAAGGCUCCCAGUGUUUUAAUAUUGUCAAUUAAUUAUUGUCAAUUAAAAUAACAUGUCCUACUGUAUAACCUCAACUUGAAACCUGACUUAUUCCUACACCACAUCAGAUAGAUGAUCAAAUGUAUCCCCCCACCCCUCCCCCCUCAAACACUAAAACAGCAUUUGACAACAGAGGAAACAAUGCACAUGAUGUAUAUAAAUUCUGUGUCUGAGGAUUUUUAUUUAGAACGUUGCAUUUUGUUGUUUGAGAGUUAGAGCAGGGAAUCAGUAGGACUGUAAAAUCAGAACAUUCCAUCUUUAUUGUAUUUUACUGCUGACUGAUUAAAAACUCCACACUAUCAAGGUUUAAUUAGGACUUGUUGGCAAUAGUCUACGUUAUAAAACAGAACAAAUCUCUUUCAUACUGUACUUUUUUGUGUUUUUUUUUUUGUUUUGUUUUUUUUGCUCUAUAUGUCUCGAUCUUAGAGACUCUUAACUGAAACAAAUGGAAAAAUAUAAUACCCAUUAUAAUUUUUCCUUCUUUUAGAAUGUGCCUAGUUUAUCACACUAAAAUAACAAAUGUACAGUUUCAAGUAUAAUUUUCAUGUAUAAAUCAGGUUUGAGAAGCCGUAGGAUGUCUAAACACAGUCUGUGGAAAUCUGCAUUUAAUGUGUGAUUUGUGGAAGAUUAAAUGACAUGGAAAUGGGGCUGUGGUGCCAUUUGUUUGUUAGGCCUAGUGACAAACAUAAUUAUUCUUUGUAAUAAAGUUAUUAUAAAGCACA